AAUCCCUGUCCAUGGGUCCAUGCUCUGCCCGCCCGCCGCGCAUCUGCCCUUCUCUUCUGACUCCGCCCCACAUCUGUCCGGAACCGCCUUGCGUCGGAGCUGACCCAGUGCGCUUCUGCCAGUCAGUCCCUCCGGACCUGCCGCAAGUCUCAGGCUGCCGAAAUCACCACGCGUCACUCGCCUCAACAGUGUUACUGAGUCUGCUUUUAGCUUCCUUCGCCUUGCCUUGGCUUUUUCUGUUCGUGAACAGCUGCUUGGCCCAUAGCAAAGCAGACUUCUUUUUGCUCCCAAGAGAGCCCUCUCCCUGUGCUGAGAGAGAUGGGGAGUGGGGAGCCUAAUCCUGCUGGCAAGAAAAAGAAGUACCUCAAAGCUGCCCUGUAUGUAGGUGACUUGGAUCCAGAUGUCACCGAGGACAUGCUUUAUAAAAAGUUCAGGCCUGCUGGCCCUCUGCGCUUCACCAGAAUCUGCCGUGACCCAGAGACCCGCAGCCCUCUGGGCUAUGGCUAUGUUAACUUCCGCUUUCCUGCAGACGCUGAGUGGGCCCUGAACACCAUGAAUUUUGAUUUGAUUAAUGGCAAACCAUUCCGUCUCAUGUGGUCUCAGCCAGAUGACCGCUUAAGAAAGUCUGGAGUUGGAAAUAUAUUCAUCAAAAACCUGGACAAAUCCAUAGACAACAGGGCUCUUUUUUAUUUGUUUUCUGUUUUUGGGAACAUUCUCUCUUGCAAAGUUGUCUGCGAUGACUACGGCUCUAAGGGUUAUGCCUAUGUGCAUUUUGACAGCCUGGCAGCUGCCAAUAGAGCCAUCUGGCACAUGAAUGGCAUGCGGCUCAACAACCGCCAGGUGUAUGUUGGCCGAUUCAAAUUUCCAGAAGAGCGGGCAGCUGAAGUUAGGAUCAGGGAUAGAGCAACUUUCACCAAUGUUUUCGUUAAAAACUUUGGAGAUGAAGUAGAUGACAAAAAACUGAAGGAAAUUUUCAGUGAAUAUGGGCCAACCGAGAGUGUUAAGGUAAUAAGAGAUGCCAGUGGGAAAUCUAAAGGCUUUGGAUUUGUAAAAUAUGAGACACAUGAGGCUGCUCAAAAGGCUGUGCUAGACCUGCACGGAAAGUCCGUCGAUGGUAAAGCCCUAUAUGUAGGGCGAGCACAGAAGAAAAUUGAACGCCUGGCUGAAUUAAGGCGAAGAUUUGAAAGGCUGAAAGUAAAAGAAAAAAGUCGGCCUCCGGGGGUGCCUAUUUAUAUUAAGAACUUGGAUGAGACCAUCGAUGAUGAAAAACUAAAGGAGGAAUUUUCUUCCUUUGGAUCAAUUAGCCGAGCCAAAGUGAUGGUGGAAGUGGGACAAGGCAAAGGGUUUGGUGUAGUCUGUUUCUCCUCUUUUGAAGAGGCUACCCAAGCGGUGGGUGAGAUGAAUGGUCGCAUGGUGGGCUCCAAACCGCUGCAUGUGACCCUGGGCCAAGCCAGGCGCAGGUGGUGAGAAGAAGAAUGUUCGAUUUGUUUCGGCCUUAAGCUGGUGCCCACUUAGUUUGGGCUACUUUGUGAUAAGAGAUUAUUUUAUGCGAAUUCACAGGUUUUUUUGUUUGUUUGUUUGUUUGUUUUAAGUAUUUUCUUUUUAAAAAAGAGUGAAACUAGAAAACCUUGUUCAUUUUAGUGAAGAACAUAAUUUCUAAUUGUAAAAUUGUCAUUUUGUACUAGUUUUUAAUGUAAUAUCUUAGGAUUAUGGAGAAUAAAGUUCACUUCUCCACACAUUUGUUUUCCUAAAUAAGUCAAGGUAAAGUAAUUGAAUGAGUAUAUUUUCUUCCUAUUUCAAUAAUACUACUAAAUUUGAUUUCUUCUAUGAAAAUAUUUUCAAAAUGCUUCAUACUUCUGAUUCUAU